AUGACUGUUAUUAAUGUUGUUUAUUAUGCUUCGUUCUAUGAAUUUUUUAUUGUAGAGAGGAAUCAGUUAACUGAACAGAAAUCUUUAUUCGAGUCACAUUCAGUCUACUGGGAUGUUCGUCAUAUUCUUUACUUUUUAGCGAACAAGAGACGAAAGAUGGCUGAUGAGGACACAAAAAAUAAUGUGGAAGGUUGUUGUAGGUAUAGUACAAGUAAAGCUGGUAUGGAAGGCUUGGACAAGGCUACAAUUAUGGAAAUUAUACUGGAAAAUUCUAAAGGCUCCAAGUACUACGAAAAUGAAUUAAGAAGGGAACGAACUCUUCGUCAACAGGUGGAACAGAAGCUAAAAAUUAUAAAAUCGCUGACUCCAGCCAUGGUGAGAAGUGGUGAAAUGGAGGCAGAUAUUAUACUCAAAGAAUUAAAGCAUGGAAGACGUUUUUCCCGGUUGAUUGUACAUGUAGAUAUGGAUGCGUUUUAUGCAGCAGUUGAAAUACGUGAUCAACCUGAACUUAGACAUCAUCCAGUGGCUGUUGGUAGUAAUAGUAUGUUGUCUACAAGUAAUUAUAUCGCUCGUCGAUUUGGUGUACGUGCUGGUCUACCUGGAUUUUUAGGCAAAAAACUUUGUCCUCAGUUGAAAAUUAUACCGUGUGAUUUUGUCAAGUACACUACCACCAGCCGUGUUGUACGAUCUAUUCUUAUGGAAUAUGCUUCUACAGGAAAUGCACUAGAUUCUUCUAGAUCAGACAUCAUACCAUUUUCAGCUGUCAGUCUUGAUGAAGCUUAUCUAGAUUUGACAGAUCACUUGAUUGAACGCUGUGAAUUCACUGUUGAACGACGUACAUUUUGGCCUAGAUCUGCUCCUGGUGCACCAAUGCUAGUUUGCCGUUGUCGCUCACGUUCUAAAAAUUCACAAUCUAAAACUUCGAAUAAGAACUGUAGUGACGGUCAACUGCAAUCACUCAUGGAUGAUAAUCCUGAAAGUAAUUCUAAUUCUUGUCAAGAAGUCAAAACAUUAUCUACUGAAUCACCUCUUACUGUUUCAAAACCUAAGUAUUGUGAUCCCGAAUUGGAAGUCUGUGAUGAAUGUGGCUUAUUGUGUAAAUCUGGUCGUCGAAUAUUUGGUCUAUCAGCUUGGGAGGCAGUUCGAGAAAUGCGAUUUCGUGUCUUUUGUGCCACAAGUCUCACAUGUAGUGCUGGUAUUGGUCCAAACACUUUGAUCGCGAAAAUCGCUUCUGAUUGGAUAAAACCGUGUGGACAGUAUGAAGUUCCUAAUACGUUGGACGCUGUUGAUCAGUUUAUGCGAACCAUGCCCGUGAGAAAAGUUCCAGGUAUUGGUUAUGUUACAGAACGUCGUUUGGAUGCAUUUGGAGUUAAAACAUGCUCUGAUUUAAUUGACAAACGUGGUUUACUCUGGCACGUAAGCACUCGAACAACAAUGAUCUACUAUAUGCGUAUUGCAUUGGGACAUUCUGAUGAUCAAUGGUUAAUUCAUUUCAAACAUUAUUCUGAUGAGAAAUCUAAUGGAGUUUGUGAACGUGAUGACACAAACAAUGCUUCUUCUGCACAAGGGCAAAUAGAAUUAAAUAGAAAGAGUAUGAGUGUAGAAAGAACAUUUCCAGAUACUUGUGACGAAGGUGAACUGAUGCAUCGCUGUGAACAACUUGCUCAAAUGCUGUCAAGUGACUUGAGAGAGGAACAUGUUAAAGGUCAAUUGCUUACACUCAAAAUGAAGUUGGAUACAUUUGAAGUUCGCACGAAAUCCCAACUUUUGCCAGAUCAUACUCAUCAUACAGAGAUUAUAAACUCCUUUGGUCGUGAGUUAUUACGUGAGGAAAUGAUUGCUUAUAAAUCUAAUCCUGGGAUCAAUAAACAACUCACUUUACGCCUUAUGGGUUUACGUAUGUCUAAUCUACUACCUGUUGAAAUGUGUUCACAUAUUCGUCAGCGUAGUGUAGAAGAAGCUUUUAUGCAUGCACUGACAACCAGCAGUAAUUGUAUAAGUCCUGUAAAACCAGUAAAUUCUGAUAUUCUCACUAAGGAUGUAAUACAGAAUAAAACAUCUACUCAACUAAAUAAAGCACAUAUUGUUAAACCUUCAUCUAAGUUGAAACAAUCUACAAAAAGCAAAUCAAAAAAAUUGAAGCAGUCUAAUAAGAAAACAGAAAGAAAAUCGAAAUCUUCAUGUAGUUCUGUAUCUUCAUCACCAUUGUUUACUUCAAGCACAAUUUUGUGCAUCAUGGGUGCCAAGAAAUACAUCACUAAAGGUAAUGAACCUAAAGAGGGUUAAAAACACAUAUUCAUGAACGGAAAAGUAACAAUCGCACAUUCACAAGCCAUCAUUACUGUUGUAUUGUGUUACACCAAUGAAAGGUACGAGAUUCUCAUUUGGUUCAAUAUGCAGUGAA